GACCCUUUCUUCUCUGUUGGGAGAAACCUGUCUCGGAAAUAUCCACGACCAACUUUAUCUCCAACACACACACACACACCCAAAAGUGUUCAAUGUUUUCUCCAGGAAACGGUGGUCCGCCUCUUCAACAACCGCCGCCUCCAGGACCCUUAGCGCCCGGUCCCGGUCCCCUCAGCGCAAUCCCGCAUUUAUCUUUCUCACGAUAUCGGCGCAAUGUUGAUAUCCGCCUUGACGCACCGGUUGUACAAGUAGCCCGCGGUACUCUUCCCUCUCACCACCGCGUGCGCAUCGGCACCGUUGUUGGUGGUCUCCGUCGUCGCCUAGGUGGCGAGGCAGCUGCUGGUGUGGAUACCCGUCCCGAUUACUUUGUCGAUCCUCGAGUAGGCAACGACGACCACGAUACCGACGCAAAAGACACGGAACCACAACCAUUCGAAACCUUUCCUCACGUCGUCAACCCACCUGCUCCGGCCGGCACCGUUAUUUCAGUCACCAUGACUCCCACAUCUCAAGCGACGUCAACACCACAACCAACUUCCCCCACCUCCGCCUCCCCCAUGUCUCAACAAACAGACAACAACACCGAAUGCCGCCUCCUUGGCCCCUUCGCCAUUCUAGUCCAAAUCGCCCUCGGCUGCUUGGCUAUAUCUUCACUGGUCUACAAGCGUUGGCGCGAACGCCCCCAAAGACCGGUGAAGAUCUGGUUCUUUGAUGUGUCGAAACAAGUAUUCGGGAGCGUGUUGGUGCAUGCCGCCAACGUUUUCAUGUCCAUGUUGACAAGUGGGAAGUUUGAGAUUAAAGUGUUGGAUCCGGUGGCUGUGGCAGUGGGCACGAAGAUGGUGAAGCGAGCUGUGGAAUAUGGGAUAUUGAAUGCGAGAGGAGAAGACGAGUACACGCCCAAUCCGUGCUCGUUCUAUUUGUUGAACUUGGCUAUCGAUACAACCCUCGGCAUCCCAGUCCUCAUCCUCAUAGUCCGCCUCCUCUCCCGCGGCCUCACCUAUACACCCCUAGGCCAACCUCCCGAAUCCCUCCAAUCCGGCAACUACACCCCCCUCCACUCCCCACCCGGAACCAAACCGCGCUGGGGCUGGUGGUUCAAGCAAUCCAUCAUCUACUUCAUCGGCCUUUUGGGCAUGAAAUUCUGCGUGCUCAUCAUCUUCAUGGUCUUCCCCUGGAUUUCUCGCGUCGGCGACUGGGCUCUCGGCUGGACCGAGGGGAAUGAAAGACUGCAGAUCGUUUUUGUCAUGAUGCUUUUCCCGCUUAUCAUGAAUGCGCUGCAGUAUUAUAUUAUUGAUUCUUAUAUCAAGAAGGAGGAGAAGAUCCCGGAAGAGGGGGCCGAGAGUGAGGGGCUGGUUACGGGACGGGGUGAUGCCGAGGCUGCGGGGGCGGAGGAAAGAAGGGGAAGUGUGUAUGAUGUCAUUAGUGGGAGUGAUGAGGGGGGCAACUCUGGGAGUGAUAGUGAUGGGGAGGAGUUGCCUAAGGACAAGGCCGCUGAAGUCGGUAAGAAGGGGGCUAAGACCAAGCCCAAAGUGAGGGAAGAGGAAUAUGAUCCAGCGGUGGAUGGAGAUACCCCGACUGUCAUCGGGAGUAGCUCUAGUGCGGUAUCCGGUGUGAGCGGGAGUAUCAGGGAGGAAAGGAUUAAGGAGUCUGCGAGUCUGAUUUCUCAUGACUGAGGAGGGCACUGAGGGGGGCAAGUUGACGGACGGCUCAUAUUCCCACUCCCACCUUCUGUCUUGUGUU